AUGUCUGCGCCAAUGGCUGCGCUACCGCUGUUGCCACCGUCAGCCAGCCUCCCUUGCCAUUGUGUGGUGCCUGUCCUCAACAGAGAACUUGAGGUGCGCAUCAGGAUGGCAAAAGCCAAUGCAAGCGCAAAGAGUCUGAAGGACAAUGCCUUGCGCAUGCAAGUGAGCAAUGAUGCAGGAGGACUGAAGUUCCUGGGGGCUCUUGUGCAGCACAAUGCCCUGGUUGCCCAGCCAAGUGGCAACCCCAAAGGCGCCCUGGUCAACUGCGUCACAGAGAAGCUGCCUGUUGAGCGCAGGAUGCAGGCGGGGCAUUGA